GUAGCUGACUCUAUAUCCCCAGCUUCUCUGAACUACAGCAUGGGACAAAAACAUUCCGCGCUCAAACAUCGAUGCUGGUGGCCAUUUUUAGCCGAGUACCUACGGUAUGCGUAGAGCUUAGGAGCGCUUUUGACGCAAUAUGGGAAUAGUUUAUGCAACUUUCUAGGGUUCUUCGGGUCGGUGAGAUCUCUCUCAUCCCUCAUCUAUGUCUGAUUUGUUUUUCAGUGCGACCCAUGAAGCUUCCCCAAUCAGAUCAGUCCCCUGACCGCCCGAAUCCUUUUAAGCCUCUUGUUAUGUCUAAUUAUGCUUAUCUCGGGGCGAACGCGAAGGAUGCGGGAAAAGUGAUUCCCAAGUCGACCAAGGACGUUGACAAUCUUAAUGGAAUCGCAACGGUUGAGGCUACCACCUCUGUUCCCAGCAAAGACGGGUGCCCACCGGGCACAGUACCAAUGAAACAACACUUGCGCCCCAUGUUGCCCUCGUCGAAGACUGGCUUAGGCGCUCAUCGAUCGGGGCCACUCUAUCACCCCGUGGGGGUAUCUACUCAGACAGCCCCUCUGUGGUCUUUACUGAGGAAGCGGAAAGUGCAUCGAAGAAGGCUAGGAAAUUAGAAACCAAGAAGAAUAAAAGGAACUGAGAAAAAGACGAGAUUGAUGACAUCUUUGGCUCGCUUUGACGAGUACCUUUCGGAUACCAUACGUUC